UGAUAACUCGCCUUCUAGUUAUUCUCCCAGACUUUCCGAAUUUGCUCGUUGCCUUCAUUCUUGAGAACAACUCAAAAUUCGCCUGUCUCUAUCAACCUCGUCCAGUUUUUAAAAGUCUACUACCUGGAAUCUAUUCUUAUUGAAUUCUGCCCAUUCCCAACUCAGAAACAUGCUCAAGCAUACUCUCCUUCUCGCAGCUUUCAUCAGCAUUGCCGCUGGUCAGAUCGGAGUGCUUGUACCACAACAAUUUUCCGAGCGAUCUAUCCCUAAAUCCGGCGGAUGGAGUCUUCAAGCAAACACAUGUCCGACUGGGACCGCUCAAUGCGGCGCAGCCUGGUGCUGUCCUAACUCCCUGACCUGCGUGCGAUCUGGACUCUCAGACAACGCCGAGGCUUGCUGUCCAACUGCCGAUACGUGUCAACCCUCUCUUCAAGCAGCCCCAGUUUGCGCAGACAGUAGUUGGAACCUUUGGAAUACUACGAACGUCGACGGUGCUGCCUCUGAUGGAUAUACAGGAUAUCUCUGUUGCUUGGCUGGCCAGAUUGGCAUACAGGGGAAUGUUGAGACUGUUGGAAUGAGUGCGAUUUGCGUUGAUCCGGGAACGCCAUUUCCUCAAAGCGUCUCUGGUACCUUGAUAGCUCCAGCCGCUGCGACGCAAUCGUCAACGAGCCAACCUACUGGUACAGCAGCAACUACAACUUCAAGCACCACAUCCACUGGUACUGCAGCUGGCUCAACGGGUAAAUCCGACGCCACGAACAUUAUCCCGGCGGCGAUACUCUCCAUCUCUGGAGUCGUGGCAAAUGUGCUGGCAGUAGCUCUCCUCCCUUGA